AUGAUAGCGUCAUUUCUUGCUUCUCGUCUCUGCCCCUGCAACUUGCUUUCUUCUGGUCUUGAAGCCCUUGGAAUAACCCAUUUUUGGACGCUUCGUCAGCUUGACCUCUGUUGUUCGUCGGGGUCCAUCUCAAAGAGCGCCUUUGUCAUCAGCAGCAGCAGCACCACCACCACCAUCACCGUCCUCCUCUUCAUCAGCAUCGUCAUCAUCACCACCGCCGCUGCUGCCGACCUCUGCAUCAUAGAACCAGCCACACACGGGCUGCAGGAGUCAUCCUCGGCUUAG